AUGAAGAAUAUCACACCCAUUGCAGUAACCCCUGUUGCUAUGGUUGUUCCAUCCAUGGAGUCGACUGAUGAUCCUCCAGUGCCUCCUACUGUCGUGUCUGCAUUGCUUAAUCCCUGUCGUGACAUUGUCCUUUACCAGUCGGAGGCUGGUGGUUCUGCACCUUUCCCGAGUUCAGAGUCAACUCCGUCUCCUCCCUCACCUCCGGUCAGUCAGAAACCUCGUACAUUUCAAGGUAAGGCUCCUCCUAUCUCUAAAAAGGUUCGUCCUUCUCCUUCAUCUCCUUCCCCACCUGUGUCCAAACGUGUCACUCGUUCUUCGUCGAGUCACCAGUCUCCCUCGAAACCUAUAGGCCCUCCUCGUCCUCCAUCUAAGGUCUCUAUUCCUACCCCAACCAGUGAACGUGUUCAACCCAAAAGAAAAUCCUCUGCUGACACCACGUAUCAUCCUCCUGAAAAGAAAUCCAAGAAAAAACCCACUCCAGUUGCCUCUACAGAGUCAUCUCCCAAACGGUCGUCUAGAGGUUCUAAAAAGUCCAAACUUCCCAAAGUUCCUAUAUCAACUGUCGACCCUGCAAUAGUACAAUGCUUUGUUGAUGCCUCUAAAGCCUCUGUCUAUCAACGGUGGUUUGGUAGUCGUGAGCUUUGGUUCGAACAAGUGGUCAUUUUAGAUGAUUUUCCUGAACUGCAUGAGUUUUUAAAACUUAGGAAAUGGGUCAACACGGUCACUAACUUGUCUGCUCCCCACCCCAUAUUAGCUCGAGAAUUCUAUGCCAAUCUGGAUAGAACUGUUAUUGCUGAGGGUCAUCCAGGGUGUGUGAGUGCCUUUGUUAGGGGUCAUAGAGUUCCUUUUGGUCCCUCCACUAUUGCUUCCUUAUUGCAAGUUGAGUCUAUCAGGAAUCCAACAUAUGGGAAACACUUCAAUCCAGAUCAAUCUUUGAUGGGUCGAGUGCUAAGCAGCGGGGAUGACUAUAUUUGGGACAAACAGGAAAUACUGGUUACUCACUUGACUCCAUUCUAUUGGGUUCUUCAUCGAGUAGCCUUGUACAAUUGGUUUCCUAAUUCUCAUUUGUCUGCUGUUACCCUUGAGAUUGGCAAGUUCUUGUAUGCUGUAGGCACUAAUGUAUCCAUUGAUCUGACCUCGCUCAUCUUUGGCCAAGAUCUUGGAAGCAUCUGA